GCAUCUACCUUGCAAGCAUCACUCUCCUUGUUUUUCACGGCUCCUAGCUCCAAUUUCAUAUUAUAGAUAGUGCAGUCAACUGGAAGAGAAAGUCAGGGAAAGAGAGAUUGGAAAUGUUGAUGAAUCCAUGUGCUGCUACAACACUUUGACUUUGAUCGUCAAUCUGCCUUCCAGCAAAACACACAGCAAGAUCUGUAAAACCUCGCUUUUUUAUUUUUCCAUGUUAUUGACUUACUUCUCUUGUUUUCUGAAUCCCCUUUUCGUUCAUUUGCAAGACCCUUUUUCUCAAUUUUGUGCCUUUUAAGUUUUGUGUGUUGUUUUAGUUUCAUUUUUGGGUAUUGUUGGUUGUAAGAUAAUAUUUGUUCGAAUUCAAUUGAUCUCCGGAUAUGUCUCGAAGUGGGAUUUUUAGGCCUGAAAAUCUGCGCCAAAAUGCACUAGCAAUGGUACGCAACAUCUGCUUCUCAUUAUGUGUAACUGGGGCCUUGAUUUUCAUUAUAAUGACUGCAACUUAUGAACCUGAUGACCCAAUGUUCCAUUCCGAUUCCACAUUCAAAUCUGAUAACUCUGUUGUCAAGACUAGUGAAGACUUGUUGGCGUCAAAUGAGACUGCCUUUGAGGAGGCCGAGAAUCGUGGUUGUAAUGGGAAAGUUGACUCUAUUGAUUGUGGUGAUCCAGAUGUGUUCCAUUUGUUAAUGAGGGCUGCCAUUGAGAAAUUUAGGGACAUAGAUUUCUACCAGUUUGGUAGACCAGUUCGCGGUAUCAAUGAUACUUCUUGCCACAUGGCUUGGCGAUUUAGGCCUAAAGAAGGGAACGCUGCUGCAUUUGAAAAGGAUUUCAGAAACUUUGUGCUUGUGAGUGAGAAUUGUACACUUAGCGUGGUUGGGAUUGGGGAUUAUCAUUCAGGGGUGAAUGCGAUGAAGAGGAAAAGGGAUGGGAAAGACGCGGAGAAGGGUGAAUUUGGAAGGCUGCGGUCAGAGUCAGAGGCGAUUGAGGAAACAGUGGAUAUUUCGCUUCCUGGGGUGGAAUUGGAUGGUUCGUUUAGUCGUGGAAAAUAUUUGGUUUAUUCUGGUGGUGGUGAUAGGUGCAAAACUAUGCAGCACUUCUUGUACAGUUUCAAUUGUAUGUUGGGUGAAGCUCAGUACUUAAACCGGACUUUGGUUUUGGAUUUCAGCAUAUGUUUGCCUUCAAUCUACACAUCUUCUGGUCAAGAUGAGGAUGGUAAAGAUUUCAGGUUUUACUUUGACAUCGAACAUCUAAAGGAUUCAGCUUCACUGCUGGAUCAGGCUCAAUUCUGGUCAGAAUGGAACAAGAGGCGAGAGAAAGAUGGAUUAACUCUUCAUCUUGUUGAAGAUUCUAGAACUACACCUAUGAAACUAGCUGGAGUGGAAGAUGCCUUGAUUAUGAGGAAGUUUGGGACAGUAGAGCCAGAUAAUUACUGGUACAGAGUAUGUGAAGGUGAGACGGACAAGGUUAUUUCACGGCCAUGGCAUAUGGUAUGGAAGUCGAGAAGUUUGUUGGAUGUGGCAUCUGCGAUUGCUAUGAGAAUGGAUUGGGAUUUUGACGCCAUUCACAUCGAGAGAGGAAAGAAGGCGAUGAAUAAGGAGCAGUGGCCUAAUCUUGACAGAGAUACUUCACCAGAAGCUCUUCUGGUGACUUUGCAAGGCAAAAUUGAAGCCGGAAGGAACUUGUAUAUUUCAACAAAUGAGCCCAAUACAUCCUUUUUCGACCCUUUAAAAGCCAAGUACUCAACUCAUUUUCUUGAUGAAUUUAAAGAUCUCUGGGAUGAAGACAGCGACUGGUAUGCCGAGAUGAAAAAGCUCAAUAAUGAUAAACCAGUUGAAUUAGAUGGUUACAUGAGGAUGUCUAUUGAAGAUGAAGUGUUGUCGAGGGCAAAAAAUAAGAUUGAAACUUUUAAUGAUCUCACCAAAGACUGUAAGGAUGGUGUUAAUAAAUGCACAUCUGCCAGCUAAAUCCAUACACUAAAAGGUCUCAGAUUUCCCUCCGUUCUCGUGCCUUGGCUUCCAAUUCCUUUCCGUCUUCGUCAAUCAUAAGUUAAAGUCAGUUGAAGCUUGUUUGAAUCUUUGUUUUUGAAGGGAAAGAAUCCAAAAUUAUUCAUUUAGUUGGUAUCCUGUAAACUGAUAUUUCAGUUGUUGUCUAUUACUUUUACUGAUUAUUUUCUUGAAUUCUAAACUGUGCAAAGGUUUCCUUC